GUGAUGGGUAAUAACUUAGUAACAGCCUAAAUGCACAUUUUUAUGAGACAAGUAACUCUUCUCAGGCAAGUAAAAAGCAGACUAAUGAGAUGUUCCUAUGGGAUUUGAUAUAAACAGUAGAAAGGAAAACAUCCUUCCAGCCAUGACCCCACCUACAGCAAAGGCUAUAUAAGCACUUCAAAGAGGAAAUAGUCAAGGAGCUUGGAAUUCAGACUUAGUCGAGGUUGCUUGAGCUUUCGAUCUGGACCACAGAUUUUGAAAUAACCAAAACUGGGUACACAUCAUGGAUACCAAAGGCUGUACAACAACUAUUUCUUCUUCCACGCCACACCAAAGAUGCUCUAGGACUACAAAUUUUAGAACCAUCUUUCCCAACACCAGCUGCCAAUAUGGUGGUCUCGAAGCCAACAGCUGCCACCCUACUCCUUGCUUUUAUCUCACACCCAUCUGCUUGAUUAACAACUUCAGUGCCUGUCCCCCUCUGGAUGACUGCGACUGGUGUGGUGAAGGUAUCAACAGUAAAGAGAAAGAGACCAUGCAAAUUUUGAACGAGCGCCUUGCUAACUACCUGGAGAAGGUGCGGAUCUUGGAGCAAGAGAACACUGAACUGGAGUGCAAAAUCCAGAAGGAGUGUAACAAAGAGCUUUGUGUCGUAUGUCCUGACUACAGGUCCUACUACGCUACCAUUGAGGAGCUCCAGCAGAAGAUCUUGUGUACCAAGGCUGAGAAUUCCAGACUGGUCUCACAAAUUGACAACACCAAACUGGCUGCUGAUGACUUGAGAGCCAAGUACGAAGCUGAGGUGUCCCUACGCCAGGGAGUGGAGGCAGAUGCCAAUGGCCUACAGCGGAUCCUGAAUGCCCUGAGCCUCGCCAAGGCUGACCUGGAGGCACGAGUCCAGUCUCUGAAGGAAGAGCUCCUCAGCCUUAAAAACAACCAUGAAGAGGAAAUCAAUUCCUUACAAAGCCAGCUUGGGGACAGACUCAACAUUGAAGUGACCGCUGUCCCUUCUGUCGAUCUAAACCGGGUUCUACAAGAAAUGAGAUGUCAGUAUGAGUCCAUCAUGGAGACAAACCGCAGAGAAGUGGAACAGUGGUUCAACACACAGAUGGAGGGGCUGAACCAGCAGGUGGUGACCAGCUCUCAACAGCAGCAGUUCUGCCUGAAGGACAUCACUGAGCUCAGACGCACCAUGAAUGCUCUAGAGAUUGAACUGCAGGCCCAGCACCGAAUGAGAGAUUCCCAGGAAUGCAUCCUGGUGGAGACAGAGGCCCGCUACACGGCCUUACUGGCCCAGACCCAGUGUCUGAUUGAUAAUGUGGAGGCUCAGCUGGCAGAGAUCAGGUGUGCCCUGGAAAGACAGAACCAAGAAUAUGAGAUUCUGCUGGAUGUCAAGUCCCAGCUGGAGUGUGAGAUUGCCACAUACCGCAGCCUUCUGGAGAGUUCGGAUGUCGAGCUUCCCUGUAACCCGUGUGUCACCACAUGUGAGCCUUCCAGUAAGGCCAGCGCCAUGGAAUGCACAGCCCCGGCUUACAAUACAUCAUCCUCAGCCUCCCACGGAUCACAUGAGCUCUGCUGUACCUGCAGAGUACUGCCCCAAAUACUGGUUAAAAUCUGCACCAUCACGCAGGAGAUUAGGGAUGGCAAAGUCAUUUCUUCUCACGAGCACGUGCAGCCUUGCUUCAUCCCCAGAAUUGCCAAAGCCUAACAACCCAAGGGAAUGGGAGUUGGUUCCGACUGUUUAACAAGGGACAGGGAGCUGGAACUCUCACAUCAUAACCUGUUCUUGCCUCUCCCUGUGACUGGUGCUCAUGAAAAAAUAGCUUAGAUUCCUCCUGCAAUCCAUCCAUCAAAGAGAAGUGGACUUAAUACCACCAACUUUGCACAAUAUCUUUGAUUAUUGAAUGAUUGCUGCUUGCAAGGACAACACAGUGAGAAGAUACCAUUUAUGUACCCGCCAUUACCAAAACUUCUCACAGGAGGUCCCAGAGGGUUUCAGUCCAUCCCUACAAAAAUUAUUCGAUGUUUCCAGAAGAUUUAGUAAAUAACGACAAACCAAAUACAGAAUGUGGAGUCAAAAGACCUGACAUCCUAAACUUGCCACUUAAGACCCAGGGCAAAGCAUCUAGCCUCUUUCAAAUUUAAUUUCCUUAUUUGUUAAAGGAGGACCAUGGCUACUUCACAGGUUUGUAGCGUAGAUCAAAGGAAAUUGUUUAUGGCAUGCUACUUGGUACACUGAAGAGCACUAUGCAAAUGUUAUUUUUAUAUAAGCUUUGCUUUGAACUACAGCCCUAGACUUAAUUGUGUCAUUAUCGCACGUCAAAAUUCUUUCCCUGUCAAUUUAGUGAUCCAGUCAUGAUUUUGUAAUUUUAAUAGUGCUCAGCUUUCAGGGAUUAAAAAAAAAAAAAAAAAAAAAAAAAAAAAAAAAGAACAGAACAAAGUCUUCCUGUGAUCAAGCCUGCAAUUCUACGGCAUAAAUCAUUUUUGAAGUCUUAGGGUUUGUAUCAGAUAUCACUUGAUGGCUGGCGCCCACGACAAAGACAAAAGUAUUGUUUAACUCUGGGCUCAGCAGUCACUUCCUCCAGACAAGUAGCAACUUACACUAAGCGAGUGGAAUGCAGAACUCCCAGUGAUCUCUUUCCCAUCAAUAACUUCCCUCUCAUCUGAACGCCCAGAUUACCCCUGGUAGCACUUCACUGCAUUCCAUCUCAGACUGCAGGAGGGAAAUGUGGGACGAGCAUGGGGCUUGGACUCCGAAGACCUAGGAGAGAGUCUCACCCCAGUCUAUGUGUAUGACCUUGAGUAAAAGGGCCAGAACAACUUGGGCCCUGCAGUGCUAGAAGGACUAAGUGGAAUAAUAAUGGUGAAGGGGUCCUAUAAGCUGUACAAGGCCAUGCAGAAGGGAGGUUUUGUCCCCCAAUUGAAAACCAGGCAUUUGUCAUUUCCUUCCAAAAUACCUUCUUCCUUUGUGUCUGGUUCAGUGAUGGUCCCCAGUGGACCCCAUAGGUACAUGCGACACUAACUGGGAAGUCAGUUGGUGAGAAGUCAGAGUUGCUCAAUCUGCUCUGAGUUUUGAUUCCAACAGGAUGCAGGGUUUAGGAACCUUGCUGGACUCAGGCUAACCUUGAGCUGAUAUAGCAAUGCCCUUCUCAAUUUAUCCUAAAAAUAGGAUCUCUUCCUCCUACUCAGAGCAAAGUAUCCCAUGUACCACACUCCCAAUGUUAGAAACUAGGCUGAAUUAGAGAUAUGUGAAACUCAGAACUCUGUGGAUCCCAGUCCUGUAAGGCAAUUAUAAUGCCAGUUUCCUUUUUCUAGAAGUCUUAUAAAGUCCUGGUAAGACACAGUCUUACAAAGGAUAGACUCCAAAGAGCAAAAUGGCUUUUUGUUUGCUAGAGCCUGUGUUGGAAAGGGAAAGAGUAUCAAAACCCAUUUGGUGAUCCAUAAUCUUAUUUCUAAACAUGGGAGGUGUAGGGAGAUUGGAGCCUGCUUCGGAUUCCGUGUCUCCCUCUCUCUCUCUGCCCCUCCCCUGCUCGUGCUCUGUCUCUCUGUCUCUCUCAAAAAUAAAGCAUUAAAAAAAAUUUUUUUUAACGAACGUUCUGAUAAUACAAAGCAUUUUAAAAGCAAAUGCCACCUCCAAACAGGAGGGAGGAAGAGAUUAAAGUUCAGGAGAAAUGGGAAGAGAAGAGAGGGGAAGAGCACCCAUCCGUACUAGGAAGAAUUUCUACGCUGAGGUGACCGGCGUCCGUGACAUAAUGCCAUGGUUAGAAUCAGUGCGAGCAAGCCUGGAAUGCACUGUUUCAACACUGUAAUCCAAUGCCUUUAUAGGAAAUGAAUCCAAUGGCUGGUUGGCUAGCUUGAAGGAUCUGGUGUGUUCAUGAAUGAUUCACAAGCUUCGUGGGAACAACCCACGCACCCAGUUCAAAUGGGAACAACCAACCCUAUUUGGCAACAUUGAAAGUGUUUAUGUAGUCAAAUGAUCAUUUCAGGCUGAGCAUUAUAUUUGGAGGGUUUUCUUAGAUGAUGCUUUUAAGCCCCAGGCCACCCCUUAUACACACAUAAGAAAAUAUGUAAUAUGCCGAUGUUUCUAAAUAUUCCAGUUAAGGUGUCACCAGCAGCAAAGUUUCUGAACAUGCUUUCCUGCUGCUCCCACCCCUCCCCAUGGCUCACCUCCACUGUCUCCCCUCCCCUCUUCCCUCCCUCCCUCUCUCUCCUCCCUCUCUAUCUGGAACAACAUAAGAAUCAAGAUGGACAUACUGGUAUACC